AUGUUUUAUUCUGCUGAUCUACGCUCAAAUGAACGAGAAAAGGUGUGCAAUGGCGGACAGGUGGUAGUGCGAUGUCUGCUGAGUUGCGGUGCUGAUGGAAAUGUGUGUGGUGGAGUAAAAGACCGUCCAUUGCAUCUGGCCGCUAGUCGAGGUCUUUCCGCCAUAGCCUCGCUUCUUCUCGAGGCCGGUGCCGAC